CUAAUUUUGAUCAGCGUUAGCGGACGUAUUUUUGCUUCACCAUUACACCACUCUCUUUAUUACGAACUGGAAAAGUGUCUAUUUCAUAUAAACCCUCCUUGCAGUUGGUCCAGCGAAUAGGGAUUCAAUCAUAUUUUUAUCGUAGUAGCAACGAAAGCGUUCGUCAAUCAUGGCAGUUCAGCUUUACCUCGCUGGAUUAUUGCUCCUCUUCGUUACAGUAAAAGGAGAUGCUGAAGGUGCUGCUCUAGAUGGCGGUUAUUCUAAUUGGAGUGAGUUUUCUGAGUGCAGUGCCACUUGUGGAGAUGGUUUGAGGAUUCGAAAGCGAUCGUGCAAUAAUCCAGAACCUAAAAACGGAGGGAAAGACUGUGAGAGCCUAGGACCAGACACAGACACAAAAGCUUGUAACUCAUUUCCAUGUCCCGUUAACGGCGGCUAUUCUCAGUGGUCGAACUUCACAGAGUGUAGUAUCAGUUGUGGAGGAGGUGGAAUCCAGAGUCGCUCAAGGCAAUGCAACAACCCCUUGCCUUGCUGUGGUGGAAUGAACUGUGGACACCUGGGACCGAGUACAGAGACAAGGGCUUGUGGCGAAUGCGCUUGUGAUAUUGAUGGUGGGUGGAGUGAGUGGUGUGCCUUUACACGCUGCACCGUUUCCUGCGGUGGCGGGGUGAGAAUCCGAAACAAAACCUGUACCAAUCCUACUCCGUCAGGCCUUGGUCUCGAUUGUACCGGCCCAGCUGCCGAAUUACAGAUUUGUAAUACUGAGUCAUGCCAUAAUGCUAAUUACACCCAGUGGACCGGGUGGUCCGAAUGCAGCGUCACGUGCGGUGUUGGAGAACAAAAACGCUCAAGAACUUGCACCAAUCCCCCUCCUCAGCCAGGCAGGAAAAACUGUGAGGAAGAACACUUGGGACCCGCUGACGAGACUCAAAAAUGCAGACUGAAGCCAUGUCCAAUCGACGGUAACUAUACAGAAUGGACGGAGUGGUCUGUAUGCAGUGCGAGUUGCGGAGGAGGCUCCCAGCUGCGAACAAGACAGUGCACCAGGCCCCUUCCAAAAUACGGUGGAGUUGAUUGUGAUGAACUGGGACCAGCUAAUCAGACGCAAGAGUGUAACCCAGACCCUUGCCCUAUUGACGGUAACUAUACCGAAUGGUCUGAAUGGUCUGAAUGUGAUGUCAACUGUGGGGGAGGAGUGCAGAGCCGUUCAAGAACUUGCACCAAUCCCUCACCGAAAAACGGUGGAAACAAUUGCGAAGGGCUGGGACCAACUAAUGACACACAAGCGUGUAAUCCAGACCCCUGCUCAAUCGAUGGUAAUUAUACCGAGUGGUCUGAGUGGCCUGAGUGUAGUGCUACGUGCGGUGGAGGCUUACAAAAUCGAACGAGAAACUGCACCAAUCCUCCUCCGCAAUACGGAGGAAAAGAGUGCGAAGGCCUGGGCCCUGCUGUCGAGACACAAUCAUGCGGCUCGGAAAAAUGCCCAAUGGAUGGUAACUACACCAAAUGGUCGGACUGGUCAAAAUGUAGCGUCACUUGUGGAGGAGGGGAACAGAGCCGCUCAAGAACCUGUACCAAUCCCCCUCCAAAGUACGGUGGAAAGAAUUGCCAGGGUUUGGGAUCAGCCAAUGACACUCAGGAGUGUAACCCAGACCCCUGCCCGAUUGAUGGUAAUUAUACCGAGUGGUCUGAGUGGUCCGUGUGCAGUACUACGUGCGGUGGAGGUUUUCAAACACGAACGAGAAACUGUACCAAUCCUCCUCCACAAAACGACGGAAGAGAUUGUGAAGGCCUGGGCCUAGCAACAGAGACAAAGUCAUGCGGCUCGGAAAAAUGUCCUACUGACGGCAAUUACACGACUUGGUCAGACUGGUCAGAAUGUAGCACCACUUGUGGAGAAGGGAAACAAAGUCGUUCAAGAACUUGCACCAGCCCCCCUCCAAAACAUAGUGGGAAGAAUUGCUCCGAAUUAGGCGCGGCCGAUGACACGCAAAUGUGUAACCCAGGCCCCUGCCCAAUCGACGGCAACUAUUCGCAGUGGACAGAGUGGUCUGACUGUGACGUCACAUGCGGAAGAGGUGUCCAGAAUCGAUCAAGAAGCUGCACCAGCCCACCUCCACAGUACGACGGAAAAAGCUGCGAGGGUCUGGGACCAGCUAAUGAAACGAAAGAAUGCAAUAAGAACCCGUGUCCAAUUGAUGGAGAUUACACGGAAUGGUCAAAAUGGUCCAAAUGUUCGGUAACUUGUGGUAGAGGAUCAAAAACUCGAACAAGAGAAUGCACCAAUCCCCCUCCACAGUACGGUGGAAAGGACUGCAGCGAUUUGGGUCCUGUAAACGAUACUCAAGGAUGUAACACAACCGCAUGUCCUCCACCCUGCUCGGCUGGUCUUGAUGUUGCUAUUGUGUUGGACAAAUCCAAAAGUGUCAAGAUCGCCAAUCUUCAUAAAGUAAUCGACUCACUGGUUGAACUGGUGGACAAGUUUGAGCCGGCUCCAGACAAAGAUCAUUUUGGUUUAAUCACGUUCAAUAGCAAAGCCCACGUCGAGUUCACGUUUGCCGACGAAGCUCGUUUCAGCAAGCAGCAACUCAUGGAAAAAAUCAAAGAAAUUCCGCGAACAUUAGAGUUUCAGACGCGCACCGAUCUGGCCAUGAAAGCAGCCAGAGAUCAGCUGUUCUCACCAAGUGGAGGAAACAGACCAGAAAAGCCAAAUGUCAUGAUUGUAUUUACGGAUGGAAAACCUACCAAACAACCCAGAAAUUUCAAGAUUUUCACAACUGAGUUUUACCAGGACCCCAAGGUUGCUGAUCUGUACACUGUCGCAGUGGGUAUCGGGAAUGGCAUCAACAUAGAAACCCUACAUGAUAUAGCCGGUCCUAAUGGAAAUGUGAUCGCUGUAGAAAGCUUUGAUCGGUUAGAAGCGGAACUGAGUGAGAUCAAGGACAAAGUCUGUG